CAAAAAUUCAAUUCAAUUCAAUUCGAAACCCUAACAAGAACCCUAAUUGAAGAGAAUGGAGUUCGACGAGUACGAGUACCUGGAGAAAACGGUGGAGGAAGGAGAUGCAUCGGAUAAGAAGAAGGAAGGGAGCGAGAGGAGUUACAGGAAGCGAGAAGGAGAGAGGCGCGACGAAGAGGAAGAGAGAGGGAGCAGUCGGAGUAAGAAGUCUCGAGGAGACGAAGAAGAGAACGCUAAGAAAGAUCGGGAGAAAGAGAGGCAUAGGAGCAGCCGAGAUAAGGAUAGAGAUAGGGAUGAGAUUAGGGGAGGAUCCAAAGAUAGAGAGAGGGAGAGGAGCCGAGACAGAGAGAGGAGUAGCAAAGAUAGAGAGAGGAGCGAUAGGGAGAAGAGCCGAGACAGAGAGAGGAGAGAGAGGGAGAAGGAUAGAGAGAGGAGGGAGAGGGAGAGGAGAAGCAGUAGUAGGUCACGGAGGGAAGAGAGGGAGCGUGAAGUAGUUGAAAGAGGAAGCAGGAGACACAGAGACAAGAAAGAUGAGCCUGAAGCAGAUCCUGAGAGAGACCAAAGAACUGUCUUUGCGUAUCAGAUGCCUCUUAAAGCUACUGAGAGAGAUGUUUAUGAGUUCUUCUCCAAAGCGGGCAAGGUCAGGGAUGUGCGAUUGAUCAUGGAUAGAAACUCAAGACGAUCCAAAGGAGUUGGGUAUAUCGAGUUUUAUGAUGUUAUGUCAGUUCCAAUGGCCAUAGCUUUGUCUGGACAGCUAUUUCUUGGACAACCUGUCAUGGUUAAACCCUCUGAAGCUGAAAAGAAUCUAGCCCAGUCCAAUACUACUACAGGCGGUGGUACUGGCCCUGUUGAUAGGAAGCUCUAUGUGGGGAACUUGCAUUUCAACAUGACAGAGUUGCAGCUUAGACAGAUUUUCGAGCCGUUUGGUCCUGUUGAGCUUGUCCAGCUUCCAUGUGACCUUGAAACUGGGCAGUGCAAGGGUUUUGGGUUUAUCCAGUUUGCGCAAGUUGAACAUUCAAAGGCAGCACAAAUAGCCUUAAACGGAAAGUUGGAGAUUGCUGGAAGGACAAUCAAGGUUUCCUCUGUCGCUGAUCAUAUUGGCACACAAGACGGUAAUCCAAAAUCUGCUGAUUUUGAUGAUGAUGAUGGAGGUGGACUGGCUCUAAAUGCACAAUCGAGGGUUCUACUUAUGCAGAAACUGGAUCGUACAGGUCUCACAGCAAGUAUUGGAGUACCAGCGCUAAAUGGAACAGCUAUGAAUCAACCAGGCAUGAAUCCUGGUUUCCCCACAUCAGUGCUUCCAACAACAGCAAUCCCUUCUGUUGUCACAGAGCCUAUUGGUCAGCCAAGUGAAUGUCUUCUACUGAAGAAUAUGUUUGAUCCUGCAACCGAGACGGAACUGGGGUUUGAUGAAGAAAUUAGAGAAGACGUUCACGAUGAAUGCUCCAAGUAUGGCGAAGUCAAGCAUAUUUAUGUAGACAAGAACAGCGCAGGUUUUGUGUAUCUGAGGUUUGACUCGGUGCAGGCGGCAAUGGCAGCUCAAAGAGCGAUGCACAUGAGAUGGUUUGCACAAAAGAUGAUAUCUGCAACUUUCUUGCCUCCACAUGAAUAUGAAGCCAAAGCCAAGGCGUGAGAGUUGCAGGCAAGCAAGCAAGGUUUUCUUGUUCUUUUCGGACUUUGGUAUAAAAACCUAAACCGGAUUCAAUAUCUUGUCUGAAAUGUGUUUGUUAUAUAUCCAAAGAUUAUUGUUUUUUUUUUUUUCUGUCAACAUUACUGGUUUCUUUCUUUCUCGUUGUUGUAACUCUCCUAUACUCAGGUCUUUAUGAAGUACU